AUGGAAGGUGAUUGGAGAAAUUAUUGGCGUGAACACCCCCAAAAUCCAUCUCCCGGCGAAUCAAAUGCAUCCGGCCAAGGAUUCUCGCCGUUCACGCAAGAAUCAAAUGCCUUUCAAGCGGCCACCAAUUUGAACGCUCAAUUUGCCACGGCAGCUGACCCCGAGCCCGACGUGGAGGAGAUUACUUCUAUGCCGGCGACCACCAAACAACGUGGAAACUACUAUCCGCCGGAAACAAUACUCAUAUGUCGUUUGUAUCUCGAGCACACCCACGACUCUGUGGUGGGGAUCGAUCAAAAAGGAAAUGAGUAUUGGGGCGCCAUCUGCACAGCCUACAAUGCUCAAAGGCCCAAAGGAGCUAUUCCACGCGACAUCAAGCAAAUCAAGUCACACUUUCAACGCGUGGCGAAGGACUGCAAGAGGUGGGAGGCCUUGUACAAAAAGUUCCGCGAUAAUUGGGCAUCCGGCAUGAGUGAUGGUCAAAUCAUCGAGCAAACAGAAAAAAUGUGGAUCGUCGAGUUUCGUGCUAAGUUCAGGUAUCCGUAUGCAUGGAAGGUAUUGCAUGAGUCCAAGAAAUUCGGAAGCAUCAGCGAGGAUGUCCACUCGGAUAUCCACUCGGAUAAACGCUCGAAGGGCUCGGACGGUCACGGCACAACGACUUCUAGCGACCAAAGUAUCUCCACAAGGCCCCAAGGCCAAAAGGCAGCGAAGAGAGACAAAGAAAAAGGCAAGAAAAAGGCCGAGACAUCCAAAGCCAAUGCUCAAGCUCUCGGGUACAUGGCGGAGAUGGUCAAGGUCAUGGGCCAAUUCUCCCGAACUCCAGGCGACCUCGCCGAUAGCAUGUUGAUGAGUAAGGACACCUCUCAAAUGAAUUCCAACGAGUUGGUGUUUCACUUAGCCAAGGUGGCGGAAAUCAAGCAACGCAACAAUAUUCCAUAG